UUUACUUUCCAGUUUCAUGGAUCAUUAGCUCAUAGUACGUUGGAGGCAUUUCAUGUUUUCAGAGAUGGAAUCUAAACGUGACAUCAACCCCACCGACAGUAGAGAAGGUCAUAGAGAGACACCAUGUACAAGGACUGGGCGGCCUACCGGGAAAGUAUAUGAUGUGGUCACCUCUGGUGCCUUGCAGACCAUUGAUACCGGGGACCGGAUACCAUGUGAAGAUAAUAAUACAGUCUCACAACCUAACCUAUCUAGGAGAAGACAAUCUACGGGUGGACAUGAUUGUUUGGCAAUCCGUAUUAAAAACGAAGCCCCUUUAAACAAGAAGUGUCCGACAGACCCGGCUACUUCUACAGCAGCUGAACCAAGCUCUGUUCUCAUUAAAAAAGAGCCUGAUUGGGGCGAGAAGGAGGAUUUCACCUGUCCGGCACAAUCUUCCCAGCUCGAUUUUGACUCUGUUCACAUUAAAGAAGAAACGUUGUCUUCUGAUGAAGAUGGUCUAGGGAAUAUUAUGACUUUUAUAGUUCCAGAUGGUUCCGUUCCUCAAUUCCUGCAGAAACUUGCUACCAACCGGGCUUCACAAGGAGGGUUCAUUUGCUUGCAGUGUAACAAGCAUUAUUCCAACGAAGCCAAUCUUCUAGAUCAUCGGAAGAGUCACAAAGGGGCAGACGUGGAGCCACCUGUAGAUGGUCUAAAUGACAAAGGAAAGGCUGUAUGUACUUACUUGGGUUGCCAGAGACACUUUAUAAAUAAGGCAGGUCUUAAGACUCACCAGAAGAGUCAUAAAAAAGCGAACGCGCCCUUAAAUCUAACCCUAGAAAGUUCUUGCCUAAUCGAUAAACAGAAGUUAGCGGACCUCUUUAUAUGUUCUUAUUCCAAGUGCCAGAAGCUCUUUUUGAGCGGGCAUGAUCUACUGACUCAUCAGGAAUGUCACCAAGGAGAACAUUUAGUGUCACCUCUAGAUGGGACUUGUUCACUGGACCAGAAAAAGUCAACGAAACUCUUUAUAUGUUCACACUGUGGGAAGUCGUAUAACCAUAUAUCACUUUUUAAGGUGCACCUGAGGGUUCACACUGGAGACAAACCAUUUUCCUGCAGUGACUGUGGCAAAUGUUUCACCCGCAAAUCAGAGCUGAUUGCCCAUCAAAGGAUUCAUACAGGGGAGAAGCCCUAUGCUUGUUCGGUGUGCAGCAAGAGAUUCACCAACCAAUCCGGGGUGAUUGCACAUGAGAGAAUCCACACAGGCGAGAAACCCUUCGCCUGUACCGACUGCGGGAAACAUUUUACAGAUCGGUCUGGGCUUUACACGCACAAACGGGUCCACACCGGGGAGCGCCCCUUUGAAUGUUCGGAUUGCGGCAAGCGCUUUCAGACUCGAUCACUUUUGAUCACCCAUCAGCGAACUCAUACGGGGGAGACCCCGUUCCCAUGCCUAGAGUGCGGGAAAAGCUUUGCAAGGAGCUCUGUCCUUUCGGCGCACCAAAGGACGCACACACAAGAGAAGCCGCACGUCUGUAAAGCGUGCGGGAAGAGGUUCGCCAGCAACACCAACUUGGAGACCCACCAAAGAAUCCACUCUGGCGAGAAGCCGUUCGCUUGCCCCGACUGCGGGAAACGUUUUUCAGACCGUUCGUGCUUCUCUGUGCACAAGCGGGUUCACACCGGCAUCCAGCCUUACACUUGUGCCCAGUGUGGAAAGAGUUUCCCAAGUCGCUCGCACCUCAUCCGGCACGAGCGGAUUCACACGGGAGAGAAACCAUUUUCAUGCCCCGUGUGCUCAAAGAGCUUCAACUGUAAAACCAGUUUGGUGGGCCACCAGCUUAUUCAUACAGGGGAGAAACCUUUCUCUUGCCCGGACUGUGGCAAAUGUUUUCGGGGACGGUCGGCUGUCAUCACCCAUAGGAGGAUUCACACGGGUGAAAAACCCUUUACCUGUUCAGAGUGUGGGAAGUGCUUCUCUGACCAGUCAGGUCUUAUCACACAUCGGAAGAUUCAUCGUGGCAAUAAGCAGUACGAGUGCCCGGACUGCGGGAAAUGCUUUGUGCUGAAGCACUACCUGACUCGCCAUUUAACAACGCACGCGGUUAGAGUCCCUGUUACGUGACUUCAAGUUA